CUUCAAACGGAUUUCAACGGGCCGUAAUUAUUCAAAAUGAGCGAAGAUUAGCCAUCGGAAUCCUUAAUUUCGCUUCUCCGUUGUAACAUACUUGUAUUGUAUCGCAAUUUGUUGUCGUACCCCUUUCUUCGCAUUUUUCUUCUCCUUUCGAUUACCUCCACAAAUCGUUUGCAUCUACGAUCAACAUGAUGACAAUGACCGACGUAAUCGAAUCAUUCUUUUCGGCAUUUUUGCCGACGGCAUACGACCGACAGCCAUUUACAGCGAAAUCGGCGCCUGUCCUCUUACUUCCACCACUUUUGCUUCUCAUAGCAUGCUACAUUCGAUUGAGGCAUCCUACUUUGCCACUAUACUGGAGAGCUGCAUUUGCUAUUGUGGGCGUACCAGUGAUCUUGCGAUCAUGUUUGUCUCACUAUGUUGACUCAAGUCUACCAUACAAAACACUCAACUUUUCAAGUGAGAUGUUUUGUUUCGGUUUGGGCGUUGGAGCGUACGUCUGGGUAAUGCUUUUCUUGGAAUUGUGUUUGAUGGGAAAAGAAGGGGAUUAUAACGUGAACGGGGCAGAAGAAUACAAGCUCAAUCAUUCGAAGUCUGAAACGGCUUCUCUCAUCGGAGAUGGAUAUACGCUGCAACGUCCUCGAUGCUUUCCUGGCACAAAUGUUCCACUGGUCUGGGAUAUCCUCGCUAGCCUGCGUGGAUUAGGGUAUGGAAGAGGCAUCGUUCCGGAAAGUUCACCGUACAAGGCUGGUUAUGACGCGCUUGAAAAGUCGCAACUACUGGCAAAAGAGCCGGCAGACAAAGCGAACAAGAUCAAAUGGGAUGCUUGCAAGAAAACGGCUCGAAUUUUUGUUGUGUGUUAUUUGAUGUUAGACUUGAUCGAGUCUUUCUAUCGACAACCAGAAAUUUUGACGGAUGCUUGCAAGCAUGGUCCUUGCUCAAUUGACGAUGCAAAACACGGAAGAUUGGGAUCAGCCGGUCCUAUGGUCUUGACGGCUUUGCUAGGCACUUACGUCAUUUGUGUAAUGCAAACAGUCAGCUCCUUGGUGUACCUUUGUGCAUUAUUGCCAACAAAACCAUCCGAGAUACCAAUCACGAUUUCAAGAUAUGAGCCUUUACCGUUUGCUCAUCCUCAUCUGAGUGACUCUCUACGUGCAAUGUGGGGUGUUCACUGGCACGCAUUCUUUCGACGUUUCUUUUUGAUCUUCGGAUAUUAUCCAGCCAAGAAUUUAGCCGGAAAAUUGGGGUUGCCUCGAAAGGUGGGAACUACACUUGGCAUUAUGGCAACAUUCUUGAUCAGCGGCUUUAUGCAUGAGAUGUGCUUAGAAGCUAUCCUGCCACGAUUUAAAGAAUGGGAUCUCGAUGGUGCAAAGCUUGGUCGUGUUCGUACGCCAGAACGUGGAUUCGGUGCACAAAACUUCCAAUCAACACGAUUCUUCUUACUUCAAGGAAUUGGAAUAAUUUUUGAAGACAUCUUUACAAACUUUAUCGAGCCACAAAUUGCCGCUCUUCUUGUUGAUGUGCCCAAGGUUGGUAAAGCGCGACUUAUUAACGGUGCCCCACGAAAGAUUUUUGGUUGGAUAUGGUGUAUGACAGUGAUGCUGUAUACAGGACAUAUGCUGCUUGAUGUCUGGCUUCGUCAUGGCAUUGCAAGUGCUGCUGUCACCUUCCAAGUUACACGACCCCUUACUCAGAUCAUCAUCGAUCAUUUGCCCUCUAUCACAUAAACUGCUUGACAUCUGAAGUAUGUAUUCUCUAUGUAUCAUAAAUAUCAUUGCGAGAUCCAUCCUGCCGGCUUCCUUCUUGAUUGUUCUGGUCAGCAAAUGAUCAGAUGGUCAGUGCUUAGUCCGUGGCGUUGGCUCAUUCUUAC